AUGGAUAUCACGGAUACUGGUGAUAGCACGGAAACGGUCGUCGAUACCAAGGAUACUCUUUCCUUCUCUGAUUUGGAAAAACUAUCAGAGCACCAUACCCCACCGGCGAACUCAGCGCCCGCCGACACCGUGAUCACCUAUCCCGAGGGUGGCCGCGAUGCCUGGUUGGUAGUAUUGGGAGCAUGGUGUGGCUUGACAGCAUCCCUCGGUAUUUAUAACACAGUGGGUGUAUUUGAAGCUGUCGUCUCAAACAUUGUCUUGCCGAAUGAUUCACCAUCGACCCUUGGUUGGAUCUUCUCCGUCUAUGCUUUCGUAAAUUGGGUGUGUGGCGUGCAGAUCGGACCGACCUUUGAUGCAAUGGGACCGCGGGCAUUGAUAAUCGCCGGCACUAUCUGCACAUUAGGUGGCAUUUUUGCACUCAGUGUCUGUACCGAGUACUACCAGAUCUUCUUGUCCUUCUCCAUCUUGACCGGCAUCGGUUCAUCUCUGCUUCUCACUCCAUCAAUGGGCUGUGUUGCUCAUUGGUUCAUGGAGCGUCGUGGGCUCGCCAGUGGUAUCGCCUUUAUAGGAGGUGGCUUUGGCGGUGUCCUAUUUCCCCUCAUGAUACACUCACUGUUACCCCAGGUUGGCUGGGGAUGGUCAAUACGGAUACUCGCAUUUAUUCUCCUUGUACUCUGCAUCAUCAGUGUGGCAUUCUGCCGGAGCAGAGUUCCCCCACGCAAAGGAACUGAAACUACCUGGCGAGAUACAUUACCCGACUAUAAAAUAUUUCUGGAUGGCACAGGGGCCAUGGCACUUACAACUGCCGGUGUCUUACUUACUGAUCUCGCCUAUUUCAUUCCCAUUACAUACGUACCGAGCUAUUACAUCGAUCGACAGCACUUGGCCCAGAACGAGGCUUUAUCGGGAUCCUCGGCCUUUGCAUAUCAGCUUCUCGCCAUCCUGAACGCGGCGUCAUGCGUUGGGCGCUAUGUGGCGGGUGAUCUCGCCGAUCGAUUUGGUCGCUAUAAUACCAUGAUAGUCUCGCUGUUCUUCUGCACAGUAUCGGUUCUUUGUUUCUGGCUUCCAGACAUCCUCAUCCCCGGUCUGGACGGUGCAGCACUCUUGGUGGUUUUUGUUAUACUGUUCGGCUUUUUCAGCGGUUCGAAUGUCAGCUUAACGCCAAUCUGCCUGGGUCAACUGUGUGAAACGCAGGAGUAUGGACGAUACUAUGCCAGUUGCUUUACGGUAGUGGCCUUUGGGGUCCUGGCGAGUCUGCCUAUCGGUGGAGGCCUGCUCGAUGCCGCAACUGCUACCGGGAAGGAAAGGUAUUGGGGAACCGCCCUUUUUGCGGGGCUCAGCUAUGUGGGUGCUUUUUUGUCGUUUUUAUGGGUCAGGAUUAAGAUAAAGGGAUGGAAUUGGAAGAUGAAAUGGUAG